CUCACGCACCACUCAGUCUUUUUUUCUGCUUUUCUGCUACUAUGAACGCAUCCGGCCCCGAAAAGGCAAAGGAUGCCACUAAGGAAAAGGCCCUGGAGGCCGCCGACCUGGUUAAGGAACAGGUCAAGGUGGUCAAGAAGAGGACUAAAACGCCGAAGGAUUUUGCCAUCGACUUCAUGAUGGGUGGUGUUGCAGCCGCCAUUGGAAAGACGGUGGCAGCCCCUAUUGAGCGCAUUAAACUCCUGAUUCAGAAUCAGGAUGAAAUGAUGAAGCAGGGUCGUCUUUCGACGCCCUAUAAAGGCAUCAUCGAUUGCACCAUAAGAACGUACAAUGAGGAAGGCUUCAUUGCGUUCUGGCGUGGGAAUGGUGCAAACGUGAUUCGCUAUUUCCCGACACAGGCUUUGAACUUUGCAUUCAAGGACUACUAUAAGUCGAUGUUUAACUUUAAGCGUUCCGAGGGUUUCUGGCUUUGGGUUGGGGGGAACGUAGCUUCCGGCGCGGCGGCCGGAGCUACUUCCCAGCUCUUCGUCUACUCGCUCGAUUAUGCGAGGACCCGCCUUGCCAAUGACGCCAAGUCUGGUACCAAAGGCGGAGAGAGGCAGUUCAACGGCCUGCUCGACGUUUACCGCAAGACGCUGGCCACGGAUGGCCUCAUUGGUCUGUACCGAGGCUUCAUGCCCUCUCUUGCUGGGAUCAUUGUCUAUCGUGGCGCCUACUUUGGCGCCUACGAUAGUAUCAAGCCACUCGUGCUUACGGGUCCCCUCGAGAACAACUUCGCUGCAUCGUUCGCCCUCGGCUGGACUGUCACGAACGUCGCGAGCUUCAUCGCCUAUCCACUCGAUACCAUCCGCAGGCGUAUGAUGAUGACGUCUGGAACUGGCGUGCAUUACAAGUCGACUUGGUCUGCUGCGCAGCAGAUUAUUCAGAAGGAGGGUUUUAGGUCUCUCUUCAAGGGCGCUGGCGCUAAUAUCCUCCGUGCUGUCGCUGGAGGACUGGUUCUUCCGCUGUAUGACCAGUUCCAGCUGCUGAUGUUUGGCAAGGUCUACUCCGCCGGCUCCGGCUAAUGGACUCCCUUGUCAAAUCCAGUUGUCUCCAAAAAGCCGAGAUGACUGUCCAAAUAUUAGGUCUCCUAAUCACUUGUUCAUACUUCCUUGUUAACAUUGCCAUGCUCGGCAUCGAACCUUGGCUCUCGCUUGCUAUUCAAUGUUCAUAUCCUAUUUGUGGUUAGAUAUUUGCACCGAAUUUGUCCUGACCCCGCCUCAGGGUAUGUUCUCAAGUUAUUCGUGACAACAGUUAUAUCACCACUAGGUGACAAGUCAUGCCCGGAGGUCCGCCACUCUGACAACUCUGUGGAUAACUCACCUACAUCUACUGGUCAAAUCCGAGUGAGGAAGAGUUGAGAAGGUGACCAGCGGAAAGCCAAUAUCUUCACCCCUAGACUGUUGUUGUUCCCAGAGCUGUAGAUUGUUCCCCGCAUCCCGAUCAAGAGAUUGGCAGGGAAAAUCAAAAGCGUGGAC